AUGAAAGUGGCCCCCUACCUCUUCACUGCAGUAUGGCGCGCAGGGAAACAACUUUGCAUACCAGACGCCCUGUCUCGCUCCCCAACCAGUCGCCCCACACCUGAAGAUGAAGAGGAGUGCACCACUUCGACUGCACAUGUCAGGCGUAUCGUUGCCAGCACCGCCACUUCCACUGACGACCAGGCAACAGGACCCAUCAUCGAAGAAGACAAGUCUCUACAAGAAAUUCGCACGGCUGCAUCCCAGGAUCAAGAUUACUGUCGUCUCGUUCACUACGUCUCCAACGGUUUUCCUACCAAAACCGCUAUGAUCUCCACGCUUCCGCCCGCCUCCCGUAUUGGAAGUUGCGGGACAACCUUUACGCGGAUGGAGACCCUUCAUAGACGCACCUUGGAUCGUCUCCACGACAGCCACCGAGGGAUUGAAGCUACUCGACGUCGUGCAAGGCAGACAGUGUUCUGGCCAGGCAUCAAUGCAGAUAUCAAGAGUAAAGUAGAAAGCUGUGAGGCCUGCCAACAGCUUCUCCCUAGUCAGCAACAAGAACCUUACAUGUGUGACGACCAUCCAUCCCGGCCCUUCGAAAGUGUGUCGGCUGACUUCUUCCACUUAGCAGGGAAAUCCUUCCUUGUUAUUGCAGAUAGACUUUCAGGCUGGCCUGUGGUUGUUCCCUGUGGACGUGACACAACUGCAGCCAGAGUUACAAGAAUGUUCUGUGUUUUCUUCCGCGAGGUUGGUGUUUCACUCCGCUUACGAACUGAUGGAGGACCCCCAUUUUCCAGCCACGACUUCAAGCAAUUUGUCAACCGCUGGGGAGUUCAUCACAUCAUCACUUCUCCACAUUACCCUCAGGCUAAUGGACACGCAGAAGCUGCAGUUAAAGCGGUUAAACACCUUAUCAUCAAGACUGCCCCAUCCGGGAACAUAGAUUGUGAAGCCUUUGAUAGAGGACUGCUGGAGCUUCGGAAUACACCGAACCCUGCUGGACGCUCCCCUGCGCAGAUCCUCUAUGGCCAUCCUCUCUGCACUUGUGUUCCGGCUCACCCCAGAUCAUUCACAGAGGAGUGGCAAACUAAGACUGAAGAUUACGACCGUCGUACUGCUGCCCAAACCGACCAAAGCCAUGAGCCUUUACAAUUCUCAUGCCCGCCUCUACCCAAGCUCACCAUCGGCCAACGAGUUAGGAUACAGACUCAACGACGCUUCGAUGGGACAAGGUCGGCAUCGUGA